AGACUGUGCCUGCAGCGCACAUGGAUCGUGUCGUCAGCAGCUUCCUGCUCAGUGGUUGGACACCGGUAAUGUAUUUAAACAUCGCACGUGUCGGUCAGCACGAGUGAAACUACUUCAGUCAAGCCUUGACGCAGAAAUCGGACAAGAACAAGAAUCUCCAUUGCCAAAGGAAAAGUGAUUAUAAAAGCCAUUUGCAUCAGAUUUUCUGCAAUGUCUGCAAUACGAGAGGAGGUCCUGAGAGAUGAAAAUUUGAUCAGAAGUCUAGAGGAGAUAGCAAAAGACACGGCUCUUUUACAUGGGGUGUUGAUGCGGACCAAAGAAACUCCAAACUCUCCUGAAUUGGUGAGUUAUGCACCGUUCACAUUGUUCCCCACUCCAGUGCCUACAGCACUCUUUUAUCAAGCACUGGCAGUUCAAACACAUUUUAACCGGUUGGUGGACCGGGUCAGCCAGAAUCCAACCUUUCUAGAGGACACUCUGGCCAGCACCAUCAAAGUUGACGAUUUUACAGCCAGACUUUUCAGUAUAUACAAACAAGUUCAUCAGGAAUGUCAAUCCCAGCCAAUAGUUCUGGGUCUAAAUCGUUCAGACUACAUGUUGGACCAGAAUCCAGAUGGUGGGACAUCUUUAAAGCAGAUUGAAAUCAACACUAUUGCUGCCAGUUUCGGCGGUCUUGCUUCACGGACACCAGAUGUGCAUCGGCACAUUCUGAAGGUUGCAAACCUGUUAGAUGAGUGUGAUCAUAUUCUUGACAACAACCCAGCAGCGGGUCUGGCGAGAGGUUUGGCAAAAGCCUGGGAGCUCUAUGGAUCUGAGAGGGCAGUGGUUAUGUUUCUGGUUGAGGACAUCCAGAGGAAUAUUUAUGACCAUCGAUAUGUAGAAAAUGAGUUGUGGAAGAACAAUAUUCCUGUUGUAAGAAGACGGUUUGAAGAUGUUUGUAGAACUGGAUCACUGGACCAGCAGAAGAGGCUCUUUGUAAAUGGGCAGGAGAUCGCCAUUGUUUACUUCCGUAAUGGAUACAUGCCCCAAAACUACACAUCAGAGCAGAGCUGGGAGGCACGGCUGAUGAUGGAGCGCUCUCUGGCUGUGAAGUGUCCAGACAUCAGCACACAUCUUGCUGGCACGAAGAAGGUACAGCAGGAGUUGGCCCGGCCAGGGGUUCUGGAGCGCUUCUUCCCUGAUGAGUCUGAAACAGUUGCUCAGAUUAGGGCCACGUUUGCUGGACUAUACACCUUGGACAAGGGAGAAGAAGGUGAUAAAACGGUGGCAAUGGCUUUGGCCAAUCCUGAUCAAUAUGUGCUUAAGCCUCAGAGGGAGGGAGGUGGUAACAACAUUUAUGGAAAGGAGAUCUGUGAGGUACUGGAGAACACGAAGAGCUCCAGUGAGAGAACAGCCUACAUCCUGAUGGACAAGAUCCAGCCUCGCCCCGUGCAGAACUACCUGCUCAGACCAGGAGCUCCUCUGAAACUGAACUCCUGCCUCAGUGAACUGGGUGUGUUUGGAGCGUACGUCAGGAAAGGCAAUGACAUGGUGUUUAAUGAAUGUGUGGGCCAUCUGCUGAGGACCAAGAGCUCUGAGCAUGCUGAUGGGGGCGUGGCUGCAGGAGUAGCAGUACUGGAUAAUCCACUACUGGUCUGAACUGUACCACCCUCUAGUGGUCAGGAGGAGAAUUCACACAGUAGAGACUGGGAAGCUUCAUCCCCACAAGAUCCCCUUUCUGGAUGGCUGUUUUAUUAAAGAUUCUGUGUGUUCAGCAUCUCCAUCACGUGCGGUAGAGCACUUUUACAUGCAGUGAAGUCAAACUGACUACAGAACAGAAGUGCAUAUUUUUCCUGUAAAUGUAUUAUACCUAAUUUAAGAGCAAAUCUAUUCCAGCAUGACAUAAGUAGCUAUUACUCAUGUGAAAAAUUUGUAAAAGUUUUUUUUUUUUUUUUCUGUUAAUUUAUUUUAUAACACAUUAAUAAAGCACACUGGUAACAUUUCAAUGGACAACAACGCUGACAUCAGUUUCCAAGGCCAAACAUAAUGAGACUACUCUUGUCACAUUUAUCUGUCUGUAAAUUAGUUUCAAGCUGUUUGUGCUGUUUUAGAAUGACCAAAGCUUAGCGCAAAUGUAAGCGUUACAUGAAUUAUAUGAAAAAGUGAAAACAGUGUCAAGUUGUGGGGCCGAUUCAUGGAUUUAGCUCUACUGGAAAUGCUCUUUAGAUCAUUUUAGAUAAUAACCCUUUUGCAGAGAUGCAAAGACUAAAAAAAAAAAAUGUAAUCAAACAUGUCGUUCUGAAAUCCACUUUUAUUUAAAUCACAUUACAGCCAAAGAAACCAAACUCUCAUCACGGCCCAAGUAAACACCACAAACACCUCCAUCCUCUCAGGCAUUCAUGCAACUCUGGAAACAUAAUGUCAACCUCUGAAAAACAAUUUAGUACAAAGAUGACACAAGACAUGCAUCAAAUAUCAACCGAUGAGGAACAAUGGAGAAAGAAAGGAAAUAUACAGUCAAAAAAGGAGCUUGACAAAACUUCAAGACCUAAAUGGUAAAAGAAACACAAAAAGGGAGAAAUAGUUGUUUUGAAAAAUCCUGCACUGAAACAGUUACGUAGGAGAAUCUUAAAAUGGUCUUGAUUACUGUGAAAAUCCUUUUUAAAUUUUUAUUAACACAAACAUUUGAAAGUGUUGAGAGUUUUUAAAGGUUUCUUGUGUGGUUAGCUUAAUGUCCUUGGCAAGAACCAACAGGCAGUCAGAAAAGUUAGAAUAACAGGAAACAGAUUGAUAAAGGCUCAGACGAAUGUAAAAUCAUCUAUCGGAAUGUGCAGGGCAGAAUGACAUCAUGAUCCACAUAGUAACAUCCAUCCAACCUUACAACAGUACAUACGUCAUGAUGUACAGACUCACUUACAGACAGAUAUUUCUGAUCAAUGAAAUCAUA